AUGUUGAGUCCUACAUUUGUUCUGUGGGAUGUUGUAUAUCCCUUAUGUACCUAUGGCUCCAUCUUCUUCAUCAUUAUCCUAAUUAUUUGGCAAGUGAAAAGGAGUCACCAUGGAUUAAGGUUGGAACCUAUCAAGAGCAGCUGCCAGCGACACCGAAGAGUCAGACAAAGGGCUCGCGAUGCAGCAUCAAGAGCUAGGAGAACUUCCCAGAAAGAAGCUGAGAAGCCGUGGGAACUGCUCUCUGUCAUGAAAAGCCAGGGCUGGCUUCCUCAGGAGGGAAGUGUGCGGCGGCUCCUGUGUGCAGACCCCUGCUGCCACAUCUGCAAUGAUGUAGAUCUGGAGAUUCAGCAAUUGCUGACAAGUGAGAACACCCUGACUGCCCCUACUGCCCCCACUUCAGUGGGGGCAACACAGCGCUCCUCUUGCCUAGAGAUUUUGUCCAUGUCUAGUGUCUCUUUUGAGCAGACUCUGGAGCUGCGUUCCCAGCAUUCCAGAGAGCUUUCACUGGCAUCUGUAACCUCCACACUGUCACAAUUAACAGAUCAAAAAUCCUUAACUCAGACGGCUGCCCCAUCAACCGGUGUGAUCAACAUCCAAGAUUAUUGGGCUGAACACCUGGACCUACAGCGGGAAUUUGAACUGCCAGAUGUGUCUAGGGACCUGGAGACUAUGUCUUCUUCUGGGAUUGAGGAGCUUAGGUUUCCUGUGAACCAGCAAGAGAUGAUGAAUACCAGCUAUGAAUUUGUCCAUGGGAACCAAGGCCAGCAGCCCUUGAAAUCCCAUGUUCCCUUGCUGUCCCUGAACACAGAGCUCACUAAUCUGACACAUCCUAUGGCUUUUCAUAUGGUCAAUGUCCUCCCUGCCCACCUGCCAUUCCUCAGUCCUGAAGUCCUCAGGCUCCUUGAGGUCCAUGUAAAAAAAUGGAUGCAUUUCCAGAGGUGGGGACUCCCCAGACGUGUGGAAGAGUCUCUGAGGCAGCUUAUGCCAGACGCACCAUUGUUUUACCAACCAGGAAAUAGCCAACCAGUUCCUUUCAUCAUGAAUGAUACUUCGAAUGCGUGUGUUGAAACAAUUGGGACCAUUUCCCACAAGACCUGGGGUUCAUGUAUGGUUGGCCAGCCCACCCAGGCUUUCUGGGUUUCUGAAUGGUCCAUUAUGGACCCAGAACAAAGCCACCACUGUGAAAAAACCCCAAACCCUCUGGCUUUAGCUUUGCCUUUGCCAGCCCUUAAAGUCCCAAAUGGACUCUAUCCACAAUCUGAGGGGCAGGCUGAAGACUCAGGGGAUCAUCUGAAGCAGAAGCAUAGCCAACUAUUCUGUGGCCUCCCUUGUCUACACAGUGAGUCCCUAGUUGCUGCCCACAUGGGCUAUCAAGGCCACUCCACAAACAGGAGCAUGUCCCAUCCCUCCUUGAAUGUUCCUUUUCUCUUCAGUGAGCCCUCCUUCCUCCCACUGCUGCCUAAUAAUCCACCUCAGUCAGCUCCACCUUCUUCCCCACAUACCCCAAAUUGGGUCUCUCCACCUGACUAUCAACAAAUCCAGAUCAAUGUCCCAUUUCUGACUCUGGCCGAGUGUGAAGCCUUGGAGUGGAACCUGCUGCAGAGGCAGCUCCAGCUUAAGUGGGACUUGCCAGCUGUUUUCCAGAGAUCUCAGCAUGCCCAGAGCCCCAUGCAGUAUGUGCCCUGUGACAUAGCCCAGUUUCCUGAGACCACAGAAACUUCCUGGUCAAGGAAGCCCAUCUCAGUCCUCACGAGGGAACUACUCUUCUUCCCGGACCAUGCCCGGAGGCUGCUGGAGUUCCACCUCCAGAAGCAGUUGAUUUACCAUCGCUGGGGCCUGCCUCAGAAGAUCAAGCAGUCCAUCCAGUUUCUCCUGUCCCCUGCUGACCAGCAGCCCCUGCCCUGGAGCAGCACAGCCUUGGACAAUGUGAGUGUCUCCCAGCCUGAAGCCCCAGAGGCCAAUGGGGUUAGUGACCUGUUCUCACCCACCUUGGCCCCAGUGUCAUUCUCCAUGCCACACUUGCUCACCCAGGCCAAAGAAAUACUGCAGAGCCACAUUGACUCCAAAUGUUGGCAGAUUCACCAGGGCACUAUACCUGCCCGUGUGUGUAUCUCCUGGGACUGUGGAAUUCCUGGGGGCCUGGAAGUGGCUCCAUUUCCCUGCAUUCCAGAAAGCAAGCCCUUAGAGCUGCAGGCAGCAACUGAUCCUGACCUACAUCAGAAAGUUGUGCCCUCACAGACCUCACCAGGUGCUAUCAUUGAACCUACUAAGUUGUCCCGAUGCCUGUCUGAGGGAGCCAUUCAGAAACUGGAGACAACUUUACGGCACAAGUAUUUAGCCUUCCUGUCAGGACUGCCUGCCCUCUAUUAUUUGGCUCUCUCUAAGGCCAUGAGCCCGGCAAUCACUAGCCAAUCUGCAAUCGCAGAGAUAAUGCCUGAGCCUGUCGAAAUCACAGCAGAGCCUCUGACUGAGAUGAUCUCGUACGAAGAGCAAUGCACAAGUCCUGGGCCAGGCUUUCAAAAGGACAACGAGACUUGUGCAGAUGGUGCACAAGAGUCCCUAACUGAAGUGCAGGAGGAAGAAACAAUGGAGAUGGUGCUUCCAGAAAGCCAGACAGAUGCUGGUAUACCAGAGUCACUCAAAACACCCAUCUUGACCAAACUAAAUUUCCAUCUGAGAAAAAAGGUCCUAGAGAUACACUUGGGAAUUCCCAUAAAGGCAAGGGAGUCCAGGGACCAAACUGUAGCAGUCCUAGAGCACAUAUCUACACAGGAGGCACUUGGAAGUCUAAACAACCAAGGGAAAACAUCACUCCAGGAACUCCCCAUCCCACUAGACAUUCCACAUGCCCCAGAUCCAGAAUUAGUCUGCCUUAAAGAACAGCUGGCCAUUGAGCUAAAGGCAGUGCAGCAGAGCCAGAAGCAAGCUAGUUCCAGAGCAGUGCCCCAUGGUUCUGCCCACUGGAUCUCCAAGAUCUCACAACUCAGCAGGGACAUGACAGAUGCCCAGGUGCUUUGUGUUCAGGUAGAAGCCAGAGUGAACAGCCCCAGACUGGAGGAGGCCUGGUGCCCUGAGUCCGAAGGCCCUGGCAAGAGCAAGGACUCAGCCCAAGUACCCACACUGGCAGAGAAGAAAGAGAAACCAGGGAAACCCAAACCAGCAGGGGACCACGGGGAAGGGGAUGCGGGGUUUGGGCUCCCCUCAACCAGAGAAAACAGACAUCCUGCUGAAGACCAGAGGCCAGCAGGCACACCUCUGAACAGGACACCCCGUGGUCCUUGGCGAAGGAGCCAUAGCUUUGAUCUUGCUGCCUCCUGUCAGCAGAAUCCCAAGCACUGUCGUCAGCUUAAGCUCCCAGAGCUACCUCCAGAGGUUCCUGGGCAUAAAGAAUCUGAGAAGAAUGAUCUGCAAGAUAGUCAAACUAAGCUGAAUCUCAUUACAGAACCAACAAGAAUUCCUGGGACUGCCCAGCCUGUGGUGUUCCAGGCUUCACAGCGCCAGCCUUUGUUUGGCCCACUUAUUCAGGGUAAGACUUUGCAGGGCCAAACUUUGCGGGAUCAGAUUCUGCAGGAUCAGGUGACAACAGCCCAUACCCACAAGAGCCCCAGCCUUCCAGAAUCUGGUUUAAGAAAUAAAAUGAAACACUUCCUGCACUCUAUUAAUCCCAAGUCAAAAGGCAAAGUGGGUGAAGAAUCCAUGCUCUCUCCAGCAGAGAAAGUUACCAAAACACGAAAAAAAAAUACUGAGAAGAGCCUGGCCCCAGCCAAAGGCCCUAAGGGAAGAGCUAAGACAGAGAAGACAACAGGGGACCCCAAGGCCCAAUCUUCCCCCACCGAGAAGCAGGUGGGCCUGGCCUUUUUGGAUGGCCCCCACGCCCCAGUCAAUCAGCUCCGGCACCGUUCCCAUCAACUUCACUCUGCCUCUCUCCUGGGCCAUCCCCGCCACUGUCCUCGGCACUGCCCUCGAGUGGCUUGUGCCACCCAACCAGGAAACCCCCCCUAG